AUGGCUAUAACAAUUCCUGACUAUGAUGCCAUCGUGAUUGGCGGGGGCUUCAGUGGUAUCAGAAUGCUCUGGAAGUUCCAGCGACUGGGUUUGACAGCCAGAUGCUUCGACGCCGGGUCAGAAAUAGGAGGUACCUGGUGGUGUAAUCGCUAUCCUGGAUGUCGCACUGAUAGAGAGGCAUGGGUAUACGCCCUAAGGUUUCUGCCAGAGCUGCUGGAAGAAUGGGACUUUACAGAGCGCUAUCCCAGCCAGGAGGAAAUCCAGUGGUACCUGAGACUUGUCGUUGACCGAUACGACCUACGCAGGAACAUUAAAUUUAGGGCCAUCGUCGUAUCAGCGCAUUACGGCGAUUGUGACAAUCUCUGGUCAAUCAGGACGAAGGAUGGGAGUAUGGCCACCUCGCGAUACUUCCUCCCUGCUACGGGCAUUACGUCUACUCCCAAGGAGCCAUCGUUCCCUGGGCUGCGGCGUUCAAAGGGGAGAUGCACUCAACGUCGACCUGGCCAGAGCAUGAGGUCAACUCUGAAAACUUUAGAAUCGGCGUGGUCGGCACAGGAGGAAGUCAAGAAGAAUUUUGGCGUGACAUCGGAUAUUGCCAAGAAGAGAUCCGACAUGUCUUCGAAGAUGGUUGGGCGCGGUUGUUACAAUUUCCAACUCGGCACAUUUGAUGAUUCGUUCAUGGAUCCAGACGCCAAUGCUGCCACUGCGAACUUCAUUCGUCACAAAAUCCGUUCCAUCGUGCGCGAGCCCGAAACCGCCGAAGCUCUCUGCCAGGCCUAUCUCUUUGGGGCGAGACGUCCUCCCUGUGCAGAUAGAUACUACGAGACGUUUAAUCGUUGUCACGUUUAUUGCUAG